GUUAUUAUUAUUAUUCAUAUGUUGUGUCAGGUCAGGUGUUAGUGCGUCUUUGAUUAGGAGAUCCGAAGCCAGUGAGGUGAUAUAUCUCCUCUUUUUUUGUUGGUUUCAGGCAGCCUGUUAUCUUUCGAUAGGUGUGGUGUCAAGCUUUUUCACAUGGGCUGAUCUGCUCGAAACUGAUGACAUGCAGAGGGCAACAACUGUAGUUUGUACAGUUUUGGGGUCAGCGCCAUAGUGUGAAAAAAAACAAAGCAGAAAGAUGGUACCUCCGUUGUUUCUGUCACGAAGGAGGCCAUCAGACCAGACCAAAUCUGACUCCAACUAUUACUCUUUCUACAACAUCAAAAAAACCAAACUGUCUGCCAGAUAUCCUUUCUUGCCAAAGAAACAGAUCGAGAGGAAGAUUAAGCACCUCUGGGAGAGAGCUUCGGCAGAGAAACGUGCAACCCUUUGUCUCAAAUCGUCAUGCACUACUGCUAAAUCUUCCUUCAAAGGUUCAAUACUCCAAGGACUUUGCAAAAAGAAAGCUCCUCUGGACCAGAUCAGCUCUUAUGGUGGACAUCUCAGUGAUGGAAGCCCUGCAAGUGUUGCCGGUUCAUGCCCGGAGUGUACCCUUUGUUCAAGCAUCAAAGAUCCACGGUCUCUAACAAGCAGGAAACGGACUCUCAGCUCUGCAAAGAAGCAUGUCUCAACUGGAAGGGCAACUUUCAACUUAGAUCAGUCAUCACCACCAUCAAGACCAAACACCAGAAGCUCCAUUCGUGAACAGCAGUUUAAUGAAGGAAGAGUUGAAAAGACGAAGAGAGAGAAGAGCAAAUUGACUGAGGAUGUAUCACAAGGUCAUAUGAAGAAAAGAGAACUGUCUCUUGAAGAGAAAAAGAUGUACGAGUUUGAAGAUGAUGGUGCCAGAUCACAUGUCCCUUCCGUGACUAAGGUGCCAGUGAAAGGAGGUAGUAUGACACGAUUAAGAGCUGGAGUGACAGAACAUGUGUUUGAUCCGGAACAGUACAACCUUGAAAACACUGUGAAUUCCGGAAUAUUCAUUGGUGACAAUCAGUCUCCCACCAUGACACCAGGACAUAGACCACAAGACUCUACCGAGAUGAGAUUGAAUGGUAAAUCUCCACAAAAUCUUGGUAAUGGGAAAAAAAAUUGUGGCAGAAGGAAUGCUAAGAGCACCAAGAAUCCUAUCAUUAGUCUGGGAAAAGACCAAGAUGUCAAGGGAAGUUGCAAACCCAAUGUUGCAGCAAGAGGAAAGAAAGAUGAUGUGCCUUCCACAAUUGGUGACAUUGAUGAUGAUGCGAGGGAGGUACCAUGGAUAGUGAGUGCCCGCCGAGACAGUUCCUCAGAUGAAGUCCAGGACAAUUCUGAUGAUGAUGUUGGCAACGAUGCCUUUUACGAGUACUACCACAAAAGCAGCAAUGAAAGUAGUGCCCAAACUUUGCCUUCUUUGUCUCAAGAAUCUGAAGAUAUCUCAGGCAGUCAAUACGAGAACAAAAUCUUGUUCAGCUGGAAUGGAGUCUGUUUCAUUAAGCAGAGUUCUGGUUUAGGAACACACACACCAACACACAGCCAACUGUCACUUGCUUCAAUGGAUGCAUCUGAGGUUAUGUCAAUGUCAUCAACCAAGGCCAGCUUGUCACCCGACAGCCCUAAAUUCGACUUCGGAUUCCCAGGAAAACUGAUGACCUCCUCAACCCAAUGGUUCCAGACACCACCAGAUAUCAAAAUAGAAUCACCAAUGUUACAGAAAUGGAAGAUGCGUCUUCAAGAUGGCAUGACCAUGGAAUCAUCCAAGAGCUCUAGACAUCAUGGACUUGAUGCAGAUAAACCUUGUAGAGUAGAAGAUGUGAAGCAAGCUCUAAUGGUGAUUGUUUCUCCUAGUAGGAAGAGGAAAAUGAAAGGUGAAGGAGGAGAAGACAUCGUUUCCAUAACUACUGCAAAAAAGACCAAAAAGAACAAUAACCAGAAACUGGUAUCACCAAAGAAGGCUGUAGCAUCUCAGGGUGCUUCUUUGGCGACAUCAUCAAACAAAAGAGAUGUCUUAGUAGAGACAAAUUCAAAACCAAACAAUCCAGCACUGAAGACAAACAGAACCAAAGUAGAAAAGGAGGAUCAUGCAGCAACAGUAAAAGUGAGAAGAUCAGGAAGAAUGAAAACAAAGGAAAGCAUGUUGAAUGGGUCCCUGACUGAAGAAGGCUGCGCUGCUGAGGGAGGCAACAACAGUCUAGGCAUAAAAUAUUCUCUGAAGGUACCGCAACCCAAUCGCAAAGUAGAGGAUCUUCCUCAUAAGAACCGCAACACUAAAAGAGAAAUCAAGGUAUCUUCUCAGAUGAUGUUCCAGAGUGAUGGCAUUCUUUGUGAUCUUUUCCAACCAAAUAGAUCAUCUCAGAAGAGAUCAUUCAACUCUCCAAGUGAGACAGAGUUCUGUCAGAGUUGUACGGAUCCUGUUUCGAGCCAUUUGUUCCUGGAGGAAAACUUCUUUCUCUAAGAUCUUACCAUCGAGUUCAAAUGACUUUUUAUUUGUUCAACAUUCCUGAAAUAGUCUUGUAAGGAGGAUCGAACCAAUUUUAUGUAAAACUAAUUCCAGUUUACACUGUCGGUCACAAAGUUGGAAUAUUUUUUUUAACCCCAAUUUAUGGAAUGAUUUUGACAAUGAUUUAUUCCUAAUAGAUCUAGAUUCUCAGAUAUUAUUGAAU